CUCCUCAAGAAGGUUAACAAGUGUCUUCCCUUCAGCACUUCUUCCCUAUCCCCUGCCCCAUCCAAAUUCACCAAACUCUCAGAAUUUUUGUUAUUUAUAUGGGCUGCAAAUCUCAACCCAAAUCUCCUUCCUCUUCUCUUCUCUGUCAUUUCACAAAACCUUCCAUCAUCACCCACUCUUGUUCUUCUUCUUCAUCUCCUUCUUCCUCUAUCAUCUUCUUCAGAUUACCAUUGGGGAAAAAACCCACAUCUUCUUUUAGUCCAUAUUGAAUUCUCACAUUAGCAGAUUUAAAGAUUCUGUUUUCUCUGUUUUCAAAUGGAUCCUAUCCUCUCAUACCCUUCCCCUCUCUUCCUCAGCCUCAUUUUGCUUGUGAUCACCAGAGGCAUUUCAGGGGCUACAUUUACCUUCAUAAACACGUGUGACUACACGGUAUGGCCCGGAAUUCUAGGUAACACUCAAUUGGGUAGCACCGGGUUUGAACUCCCACCGAGCAGGUCGGCAGCCCUCCAAGGCCCACCCGGUUGGUCGGGCCGGUUCUGGGGCAGAACCGGCUGCAACUUUGAUGCCAACUCAGGUGUAGGAACAUGUGCCACGGGUGACUGCGGGUCAAACCAAGUGGAGUGUAACGGGGCGGGUGCAACCCCGCCUGCAACCCUGGCCGAGUUCACACUCGGGUCAGGUAGCCUUCAGGACUUCUACGAUGUGAGCUUAGUUGAUGGGUAUAAUUUGCCAAUGAUAGUGGAAGCAGUUGGCGGGUCGGGUGUGUGUGGCGCAACAGGAUGUAUUGCGGAUCUGAACCAGCAAUGCCCAACUGAGUUACAAGUCGAUGGUGGGCAGGCGUGCAGGAGCGCUUGCGAGGCGUUUGGGAGUCCUGAGUACUGUUGCAGCGGCGCGUAUAGUACUCCAGACACCUGUCAGCCAUCGGUUUAUUCACAGAUUUUCAAGUCAGCGUGUCCGAGGUCGUAUAGUUAUGCUUAUGAUGACGCCACCAGUACUUUUACGUGUACAGGCGCGGAUUAUGCGAUUACAUUUUGCCCUUCUUUGACAAGCCAAAAGUCUUCAAGUUAUUCAUCAACACCAACACCACCAACAACGGGAACACCAACAAGCGCGUCUCCAGUCACAAGUACUGGUACAACAAAUGGAUCCGGGUUUGGAUCCGGAUCAACGGAUAACCAAACGGUGGACUCAUGGUUACCCAGUUUUAUAGCCGGAGACUCGUCAAAAGCCAUUUCUAGAUUUAGCACCCACUCCACAUUGAUUACCACCUUAGUCACUCUUCUAAUCUUCUCUUUUCAUUGCCUUUAAUAUGAUGAUUAAAUCACGAAAAGGCCAAUGAAAUGAUCAACAUUGUAUAUUAACCGCGAUUAACAUGAAGCUUGUAAUUAGAUGCUUAGUAUACACUCUAUGUGAUAGCCUUUUAUUGCUAAUUUUGUUGCUUAAAGUUAUGGAAGAUCUGUAAGCGAAAUGAAUAUUAAUGAUCAAAAGGAAGAGCUAGCUUUUAUGGAAA